AUGCAUUACGUCGUUUGGAUGGGUAUCGCUGAUUUGGUAACAGGAGCUGUCCUGCAACUAACGUCUGCGCAAGAUAGCACCACUUCAGAUAUCAGAGAAGGAAAGGAACUUAUUUUAAGUAUAAGUGAUGAGUCAAAAACCCAAUACUUGAAUCAAGAUUUCGAAACGAACUCUUAUAAUUAUGGGUAUGAAAUUGGACCAGAUGGUCAAUUUCACCAUGAAAUACAUGGAGAGGAUGGAGUAACGUAUGGAUGUUAUGGAUAUAUCGAUCCAUUUGGGGAACUACAAGCGACCUUUUAUAUAAGCGAUGGUUGGGGUUACAGAGUAGUUCGUCCAGGAGAGGAGAUUGAAUUAUUCCUUCAUGAACAUGAACAUCACGGUUCAGAUUCCGGCAACCAUGAUCACGAUAACAACAACAGUGACGGUGAUGAUCAUCACAAACAUCAUGGUAUCAUCACGCCUUGGAGAGACUUGAAGUUCCCUAAAGAUUGUCGUCAAUUUGAAAAUCCUGGUCCAAGACCAACACGACCAUCACGACCAGUUCCUGGAGUUCCAGAUAAUGGAGUACCAUCAGAGUCCAAUAAUAUUCCCGGAUCUUCAUAUCCUGGACAAACUGGAAACGAAAUUCCAUCAAGACCUGAAAACCCAAAUGGACAAUACCCAGAUCAAACUGGAGGUGGUUCUAAUUCAAAACCAGGAAGUGGAACUUCUAAACCAGGUUAUCCUUCCCAGCCUGGCUAUCCAUCACAGCCAGGAUAUCCGUCUCAGCCAAGCUACCCAUCUCAACCAGGUUAUCCAUCCCAACCAGGUUAUCCAUCUCAACCGAGUUAUCCAUCCCAACCAGGUUAUCCAUCUCAACCAAGUUAUCCAUCCCAACCAGGUUAUCCAUCUCAGCCAAGUUAUCCAUCACAACCGAGCUAUCCUGGACAAACACCAAGUGGAAAUGAAAGCCCAUCAUCUUCGAACCCAAUUCCAGGAAGACCUGAAUCACCAUCAUCUCGACCACCUCAAAAUAAACCAGGGCCAUCGAAACCUGAAAAGCCGAUACAUUCGAAACCGGGACGACCCGGAAAACCGAAUAAGCCUGGAAAUGGUCAUGAUAAACCAACUCAAGGCGUAAAACCUGGUCAAGGAAAACCACCCCAUGGACAUGGCAAACCAGGUAAACCAGGAUACCCGGGACAGACGACACAGAAACCGUCACAACCAUUGCAACCGGAGUAUCCACAGUAUCCAUCAUCGCCGGAGCUACCAAAGCCAAUCACACCAGAUGGACCGUCACAAAUACCAACCGGUGGAUCUUCUAAUCCACAACAACCUCAAUAUCCAUCAGGCUCAGGAAAUGGUUUCCCGGGCAGUCAAGGAUAUCCUGGAACUUCAGGGUUCCCGGGAAGUGGAUUACAGUCACCAACACCAAAACCGCAGCAUCCGCAACAAAAGCCUGGUCACCCUCAACCCGGCUCAUUCCCAUCUCAAGGUGGAUCUUCGUCUUCUUAUCCAUCGGGUUCAGGAAGUAGUUACCCUACUAGUCCAGGAUAUCCUGGAUCUGCAGGAGGUGGCUCUCAUCCAUCACAACCUAAACCGCAACCUCCUCAAACUGGAUCACCUCAUCCAUCCGGCGGAUCCAAUCAACCUCAACAACCUCAGUAUCCUGGAUCUGGCCCAGGAAGUGGUUACCCUACUAGUCCAGCAUAUCCUGGAUCUGCAGGAGGUGGCUCUUUUCCAUCGCAACCUAAGCCGCAGCCUCCCCAUUCUGGAUCAUCUCAUCCAUCUGGUGGAUCCAAUCAACCUCAACAACCGCAGUAUCCUGGAUCUGGCCCAGGGAAUGGUUACCCUACUAAUCCAGGAUAUCCUGGAUCUGCAGGAGGUGGCUCUUAUCCAUCACAACCUAAACCGCAGCCGCCUCAUUCUGGAUCAACUCAUCCAUCCGGUGGAUCCAAUCAACCUCAACAACCGCAGUAUCCUGGAUCGUCGGGAGGUGGCUCUUAUCCAUCAAAACCUAAUCCGCAACCCCCUCAAACUGGAUCAACUCAUCCAUCCGGUGGAUCCAAUCAGCCUCAACAACCGCAGUAUCCUGGAUCUGGCCCAGGAAAUGGUUAUCCCGCUAAACCAGGAUAUCCUGGAUCACCUGGAGGAUCAUAUCCAUCAAAACCUAAGCCGCAGCCUCCCCAUUCUGGAUCAACUCAUCCAUCCGGUGGAUCCAAUCAACCUCAACAACCGCAAUAUCCUGGAUCUGGCCCAGGAAGUGGUUAUCCUACUAGUCCAGCAUAUCCUGGAUCUGCAGGAGGUGGCUCUUAUCCAUCACAACCUAAACCGCAGCCUCCUCAUUCUGGAUCAGGUCAUCCAUCUAGCGGAUCCAAUCAACCUCAACAACCGCAAUAUCCUGGAUCUGGCCCAGGAAGUGGUUACCCUACUAAUCCAGGAUAUCCUGGAUCUGCAGGAGGGGGCUCUUAUCCAUCACAACCUAAGCCGCAGCCUCCCCAUUCUGGAUCAACUCAUCCAUCCGGCGGAUCCAAUCAACCUCAACAACCGCAAUAUCCUGGAUCUGGCCCAGGAAGUGGUUACCCUACUAAUCCAGGAUAUCCUGGAUCUGCAGGAGGGGGCUCUUAUCCAUCACAACCUAAACUCAUCCAUCCGGCGGAUCUAAUCAACCUCAACAACCGCAGAUAUCCUGGAUCUGCAGGAGGUGGCUCUUAUCCAUCACAACCUAAGCCGCAGCCUCCCCAUUCUGGGUCAACUCAUCCAUCCGGCGGAUCUAAUCAACCUCAACAACCGCAGUAUCCUGGAAAUGGUUACCCUACUAAUCCAGGAUAUCCUGGAUCUGCAGGAGGUGGCUCUUAUCCAUCACAACCUAAGCCGCAGCCUCCCCAUUCUGGGUCAACUCAUCCAUCCGGCGGAUCUAAUCAACCUCAGCAACCACAGUAUCCUGGAUCUGGCCCCGGAAAUGUUUACCCUACUAAUCCAGGAUAUCCUGGAUCUGCAGGAGGUGGCUCUUAUCCAUCACAACCUAAGCCGCAGCCUCCCCAUUCUGGGUCAACUCAUCCAUCCGGCGGAUCUAAUCAACCUCAGCAACCACAGUAUCCUGGAUCUGGCCCCGGAAAUGUUUACCCUACUAAUCCAGGAUAUCCUGGAUCUGCAGGAGGUGGCUCUUAUCCAUCACAACCUAAGCCGCAGCCUCCCCAUUCUGGGUCAACUCAUCCAUCCGGCGGAUCUAAUCAACCUCAGCAACCACAGUAUCCUGGAUCUGGCCCCGGAAAUGUUUACCCUACUAAUCCAGGAUAUCCUGGAUCUGCAGGAGGUGGCUCUUAUCCAUCACAACCUAAGCCGCAGCCUCCCCAUUCUGGGUCAACUCAUCCAUCCGGCGGAUCUAAUCAACCUCAGCAACCACAGUAUCCUGGAUCUGGCCCCGGAAAUGUUUACCCUACUAAUCCAGGAUAUCCUGGAUCUGCAGGAGGUGGCUCUUAUCCAUCACAACCUAAGCCGCAGCCUCCCCAUUCUGGGUCAACUCAUCCAUCCGGCGGAUCUAAUCAACCUCAACAACCGCAGUAUCCUGGAAAUGGUUACCCUACUAAUCCAGAAUAUCCUGGAUCUUCAGGAAGUGGCUCUUAUCCAUCACAACCUAAGCCGCAGCCUCCCCAUUCUGGGUCAACUCAUCCAUCCGGCGGAUCUAAUCAACCUCAACAACCGCAGUAUCCUGGAAAUGGUUACCCUACUAAUCCAGAAUAUCCUGGAUCUUCAGGAAAAUAUCCUGGAUCUUCAGGAAGUGGCUCUUAUCCAUCACAACCUAAGCCGCAGCCGCCUCAUUCUGGAUCAACUCAUCCAUCCGGCGGAUCCAAUCAACCUCAACAACCACAGUAUCCUGGAUCUUCGGGAGGUAGCUCUUAUCCAUCAAAACCUAAGCCGCAGCCUCCCCAUUCUGGGUCAACUCAUCCAUCCGGCGGAUCUAAUCAACCUCAACAACCGCAGUAUCCUGGAUCUGGCCCAGGAAGUAGUUUCCCUAAUAAUCAAGGACAACCUGGAUCUUCAGAAUUUCCAGGAAGAAGUGGAUAUCCUACUAAUCAAGGAUACCCCGCAUCUGCAGGAUAUCCAGGUUCACAGCCGUCAACACCAAACCCACGUCCUCCACAACAGAAGCCUUCUCCUGGGCAUGAAAAACCAAUGAAACCCGAAACUCCUUCAUAUCCUCAACAACCUCAACAACCUCCGGGUUCUGGAACCGGUCAUCCAGGUAAUCAAGGAUUUCCUGGUAGUGGAUCAUACCCAUCAACUUCGAAACCAGGUCGUCCACAUCAUAAACCAUCUCACGGCCAUGGAAAGCCUCAUCACGGACAAAGACCAACGACAACAUCUCCCAAACCAGGACAUCCAUCGACAUCAAAACCUGGUAGGCCUUCUAAACCAUCAACUUUACCUGGUCAAUCUACAGUCACUUCUGGCUAUCCUUCACACACUGGUACUGGUUCAACUACCCGUCCCCGACCACCGUCUUAUCCAAGCACAAGUACCACUUCACACGGUGGUCAAUCACCAGUUCGUCCAACAAGACCAACUCCUCCCUCGUCAGGAUACCCUCCUGGUGGUACAAACUAUCCCUCAAGACCAGGCUCAUCUGAUUCAAGUCAACCGGGUUACCCCGGCACUAUUGACUCCGGUUAUCCAGGACCCUCUGAUACUGGUUCUGGAUACCCAUCAGUACCACAGCAACCUGAUAAUUUAUUACCUCCAUAUCCUGGAUAUCCAGAUCCCGAUGAUCCCAAUUAUCCUGGCUACCCUCCAGCUCCAACCGGUCCAGUAGGACCUACAGGUACGUUUCCGGGAGCACCUGGUGGUCCAGGUGGACCAGGAGGACCUGGUGGCCCAGGAGGACCAGGAGGACCAGGGGGACCUGGACUCGAAGGACCAGAAGGACCAGAAGGCCCAGUUGGUGGAACAGGACCAGUAGGAGGAAUUGGAGGUGUUGGUGGUGUUGGAGGAACUGGACCAGCUGGGCCAGAUGGUCCAUGGCCUACGGGAGAUCCUGGUCCAGACGGUCCUUGGCCAGGAGAUCCAGCUUAUGACAAACAACCCCGUACCAACGAGAACUAUCAAAAUGCUUACGAUGAAAAAGAACUUCCGAUUGAACCAGAACUUGAGCUUGAAGAAAAAUCUUUAGAAUUUUCGUCUUUAAAGCAAGCUCCAGUCGAUCAAGGAUAUAACUAUGAAAAACCCAGAGAAUCUUUUCAAGACAAUUUUCAACCAGCUCCAUUUUCACUGACUGAAAAUUCACCUCAACCUGUUGAUGAUUCAAACGUCGAAAAUAUUGAACCACAAAAUUACCAAUUUGAGUCUGUGCAACGUUCUAUGCCAUCAGAAAUAGCAGCUGACGAUCUACCGCAGAUAAACAGUCAACAACGAUCAUCUGAACGAAGAAACAAGGCGAGCUUACAAAAAUCCGGCCGCAGUGAAUUUCUGUCUGAAGAUCAAGUAUUGUCAUUGAAUCAAGACCCCGAAUUUGCAUAUCAAGUAUCAAAGUACAAUGAAAAGUUUCAAAGGCUAUCAGCAAAGGCUCGAAAUGACAAUAAUCUAGAUCUGCAAGUUCCCAAUGAAGAAGGGCCAAUGGUUGAUAUAGAAAAACUACCUAAUAAUAAUAAUAAUAAUAAUAAUAAUAAUAAUAAUAAUAAUGAAAAAUCAAGAAUGGAAGACUCUGGUCCAGUUGAAAUAAAGCCUAUUUCUCUACCUGUUGGCCCAAAUCCUGAAAAGUGUCCUUGUUAUAUUGUUGAAUCGAAAAAUUCGACAAAUUUAGUCACGACAACGUCAGCGCCGAUUCUUGAUCAAUUUAAUUACACGCCUAUUACCGGACAAAUUGGAUUUAUUCCAGUAAUAUUUUUCCCGUACUGUCCAGGCGAGGAAAGUAAAACAGAAAGUAUGACAAAAGCCAUGUUUCCCUCGGCAGCUUCGAUCCCCUAUCCUUGCAGUAUUUGCAGUGGUAAGGAAUCCGGAUUUAUCGGUGGAAAAUUUUUAGACCUAAGUCAACUCAGUAACAUCAAAGCCAUCAAACACGUUAUCUCUGAAGCGAAUUUCGGAUUGUUGAAUGUUCCGAUUAAUAAUAUCAGCAAACGUCACUCUAAUGCAUCGAGGCAAGAUAGACGGCGAAUAAACAAUUAUAAUUAA